AAAUUACUAUCUAUAAAUAGAAAAGCUUCACAGCCUGUUUGGAAAGGAAACACUCUCUUCUCUACUACUACAUCUUCAUACAGAAAAAACUAAAUCAUGCCUUGCUUUAAUAUUUCAACAAACGUGAAUUUGGAUGGAGUGGACACUUCUGCUUUCUUCUCUGAAGCCACCAAAGCUGUUGCUUCUAUCAUCGGAAAACCUGAGAACUUCGUGAUGGUUGUACUGAAAGGAUCAGUGGACAUAUCAUUUGGAGGGAACAUGGAACCAGCUGCAUAUGCUGAGAUUGUAUCCAUGGGUGGCAUCAACUCGGAUGUCAAGAGGAGACUUAUUGCUACUCUAGGCACCAUUUGCCAGAACCAAUUCUCCAUUCCCAGAACGCGAUUCUUUCUCAAGGUCUAUGAUACCACAAUGGCUACCAAAUUCUCCAAACUCUGAUUUUCUCAAAACAAUAUAACUGUCAUGCUCAUUCUCCUUUUGUUUGCAAAGCGUGAUAUACUGUUAUCAAUUAAUAGCAAUCCACACUUUCCCUUGCUUUUAGAUUUUUGGUUUUAAUUUUUCCAAAUAAUCUUGAGGUUUCUUUGUGAUGAUUUUAGCAAAAAAUGUGUAAGAAAAGACAAGUUAUUGAAUAUCACUAAAUGGUUUUCCUUGGCAA